ACUCGGCCGGGUUGUGAACACUUCAACCUCGAACUACAUAUUUUUGCUUUUGUAUAAAAUUCAGUAUAUUAUUUCCCUCAAAACCCAGUUCCCCUCUUUCUUCUCCUCCAGACUUCCUGCAAAAUCCAAAUUCAUGGAUUUCUCAAGCGAGGUUGGGUUGCGGUUGCUCUUUUGUCCUCUUAGUUCCAACAUUGUUGUCCGUACAGCAUGUUGUUCUGUGGGGACUAUUUUACCUGUUUACUCUACUUUUAAAGCAAUUGAGAGCGGAAAUCAAAUUGAGCAACGGAAAUGGCUUCUUUACUGGGCAGUUUAUGGGUCUUUUAGUGUUGCAGAAGUGUUUGCUGACAAAAUUCUCUCCUGGUUUCCUCUUUACUACCAUAUGAAGUUUGCUUUUCUAGUUUGGCUACAACUUCCAACUUCUGAUGGAGCGAAGCAUUUGUAUAUGAACCAUCUCCGUCCAUUUUUGCUGAGGCAUCAAGCUAGGAUGGAUCAAAUUGUGGAGUUUGUAUAUCGUGAAACGAGCAAAUUCAUCAGUGCACACCAAGCAGAAAUCCAAUUUGCAAGGACACUUUCAGUAAAACUUUUGUCUUCAGUGAAUGAAACAGUAUCUGAGUUUUUUCAUCCAGUGCAAAGGCAUUCUUCAACUCGUGCCAUUGAAGGCCCCAGAAGUGUAACUUCAGAUCAACAAUCUGACAAUGAAGAUUGAUUCGUUCUCCGACCCUGCUUAAAUUAGUUAUCAUCUCCAUCCCAUUACAAAUCGGUUUGCAGUUGGAAGUGUCCUGAUGAUUGAGAUGAGUAUAGAUGAGUUUGAAAUGGGGGAUAUAUAACUGCAGAACUUUCGUCCUUUAUUAGUAGAGAGUAAAUGGAUUAGCAUUGUAAAUAGAUGUUUUUCUAAAUUUCAUUUGCAGUUUGUUAUUAGAUGUUGCCAUUUUCAUAUCAGUUCAACUGGCUGGACCAAUAACUGGAAACAGUUUUGGGCUGGUUUAUGCUUAAAAACACAGCAUCAGGAGAAAGUCCCAUGUGAAACUAGUUGAGCUGUGUCUUCAUCCAGAUUGACACGUUAUUAGGCCAGAAGCACAUAGGUCUGAGUGACAAAGGAUAAUACUCAUUAAUUUAGAGUCUGUUUGAUUUGGCUGUUAGGAACAAUUGUAGUU